CUGACAUCUGUCACUGUCAGCUGAAUUGAAGUACAUUUUAUUGUUUUCCUUUUAAAUAACAAAUUGAACUCUAAGACUGGGUAGUAGAAUUCUUAUUAGAAAUAACAAAAGUAUGGUUCUAAAUCAGUGUAUUUUUGUUGUGAGAUUGUUAUUCAUUGUUCGAGAAUUUUGUAAAUUAAUCUAAACUUUACUUCAAUGUUGUGAUAAAUAUGGAGGGGUUAACACAAAAUGAGAAAAUCAUUUGGUCGUGUUGGAAAGAAAAGUCUCCACGAGAUGUGGUCAGGGAGGCGGCUGCCAAAGGUACUCAUAUCGAACUGGCGAUCACCUAUCUCAAGGAGAAAAAUGGAUGGAACGAUGCUACUGCCAGGGAAUGGUUUCUGGCCGAGGUUAAAGCAUGGACUGUACAGCUGCUAUUAAGAAAACAGAUAUUUAAAGUUUUGCAUAUUUUGAACAAGGUUAAAAUAAGUCCAGAACUACAUCUGAUGACUUUAGCUCGGGAUUCAGCACAGAUUGAGUAUAGAGAUUUUAUUGUUGAACAUCUUGAGAAGCUGUCCAAAGAUAUGAAUAAUGAAACAAAAGAGGAGUGGCUACAUUUCAAAAGACAUUGGAACCUUCUCCGUUAUUUAGAAAACGCAUUUGAAAGUGAAGGGACCUUCAAACAGAACAAAGUUUUUGGUAUGGGAAAAGACCGCAUAGUUGUCAAUGAGAGUGAAAUUAAGGCUCUGACUAUAGAUAAAAUAGAAAAGUAUCCACAGCAAUGGAAAAGCAAAAUUGCUACAGCACUAUUUUUUAAUUCAUUUGAAUUCUCUUUACUAGACUUCUCAGCUCCUGUGGAGAUGUGGAACUAUUUAGUGGAGAACAACAAAGCUAUGAUCCUGGUCCGUUGGAUUAAUGUACAGACUUCAGAAGUAGUGCGCGACAUGAACGCUAGGUACAUCUUCUUCAAUAACGAGGGAUUUGCUAAGAAACUUCUCAAUGUUGACACAGCAGGUUUUGAUACACAAGUUUUAGAGAGCUUAGAUGAAAUUUUCCGCAAAUGGCCUGUCACCAAUGAAAUGAUUGAAAAUGUUGCAAAAAGCAAUUGUUUUGCCUAUACCAAACUAUGCAUUUACGACACAUUGGCCUCUUACGGCAUUGUGAAUGAAAGCGAGAGAAAUAAUUUGUAUUUAAUCAUAUCAAGACUAGCUCGCACACAGAAUUUGAAAUUAAUUGACGACAUCUUCACUGAGUCAUGUUCCACUAUCAGUCGCGAGCACUUCUAUGUGGAGCUAGCCAAGUACUGUGUUAAGAAUAAGUUAUAUAAAGUAUUGACGUUAUGUGUAGAAGGUAAUAUAUUAGACACUGACCUAUCUGACAUCGAGCAGGAGGCGAAAGAUUGCAUAGAGCUCUGGUUGUUGUUCAAAAGUAUCGAACAAACCUCCGAUAAACAGAGCCACGUGCUGCCCGUAUACAAAACCUGCGAACAAAUCGCUAAUGAAAACAUUGACGACUAUGUUUCCUCUAAUCCACAUUUAGUGUUAGGAAUGAUUCUUCUAGAAGACGCCAAAAAGUUAUUCGAUAUAUUUUCCACAGAAGACUUUUUACAGUUUAAAGACUUUAAAUUGCCAAAUAAGAUUUACAAAGACAAGCUUCCACAUUUGUAUAAUGUUUACAAGAAAUUUGCGGAUGCAAACCAUACGUAUGAAUUAAAAGACGUGAAUGUGUACCAGUUGCUGUCUGGUUACCGCGGCCUGGAUGUGUCCAAAAUAUUUGAAUUUCAACUAGUAAACCAAAAUACGAAUAGUCUACUUACUGACAAGCCAGAUAGACGCAGCCUGGGGAGUCUGUUGUCAAGCGAUGUAGAUGUAAAAUCUGCUAGUAUCAAGGCGUUAUCCCAAAGAGCUAUGGAGAUGCCAGAUUUUGCGGAUGAAAAACUAAUGAAAAAGUAUGGCUAUGUAGCUAAAUUGAACCAUGUGUAUUAUUUGAAGCAGUAUCGGCCCUGUAAUGCUAGCCAGGCAUUUGUUUCUCAGCAAUAUCAGACAUACAAUCGGUUGCAAGAUAAAAGCGUAAAGAGUGCGUGCUGUGAGGCCCACGCGUUAGCUCUGCAGAAUUGGUUCGAUGGAGCAAUGACCGCUUGCACUGUAUCGUUUAUAGCUAUGAUAGGAUGUAACCCAACACGAUGCAGGGUUCACAUUUCUGCUGCCAAAAUGAUAAAGAAUCAUUUGAUGGAGUACAGAGGUUUGUCCGAAGAAAAGGUGAACAAAACAGUCAACGAGUACAUGUCGAAACUGAUACAGAGUAACGAUGAAGCCGCUAAGGAGAUGUUACGGUUUAUGGAAGAGAUAACCUUGAGCAGAUUGAAUGAUAGGCAGAAGCAGGAUGGUAAAGUGGACAUGGCAUUAGUAUUGUAUGAGUGUCAGACUAUGGUCAAGUUCGCUACGCUUCACAACUUGCCGCUACCAGAAUUGCAGUUGCGGGAAUUCGUGAAGGCCAACUCCUGGUUUAACUUCCUCCUUUUCGGCGAUGUAUUUCGCUAUCCACUCAGUCAGAUGCUCCAAUUGGCUCAAGAGUUCGAAAAGAAGUCCUAUGCGGAACAUCUUAAGCAUAUAAUGCUUCAUCGAACUGUUGAUGAGGGGGUCGAAAAAGAGAGUAAAACUAAUGCAAGUAACGGACAGAGGCGAGUUUCGAGAUUGAAUUCCGUGGAGAUUGGUUCUGUCCUCAUACAGACUCCUAGUCCGACGCAGGUCGGUAGUUUCGAGUUCCCCUCGAGUGCGUACAUGGGGCGGGAGUUAUGGGAGGUGGCGGCCGCGUGCCAUGGGCCGGAGGACCCACCAGCUGCAUUACUGAGGGCUGCUGACAUCUGCAGGGAACCACUACUUGUGCUCAUUGCAAGUUGCUAUGAGCCUAACGCGGUUGAGAUGCUCUGGCCUCAAUGGAUCCUAUCCUCCUUGUCUCUCAGCCCUCGUUCUCAAGGAGUGCUGCAGCAGCUGAUGACACAGCAGAACCAGGGAGCCUCGGAACAGUUCCAGAAAGUAGCAGAACUAUGUUUAUUAGAAGGCUACGUCACCACGCUACAUGAAGCUAUGCUCAUUUUUAUGCCGGAGAGCCCACUAACUCUGUUUACUGCUUUUCUCCAACGUUGUAUUCGACAUCACAACUUCGAUUCCGAAACUACGAAACUUCUCAACAGUUUCCUACAACAUGCGCAACGCAAAUACAGUUUUGGAGCUAGUGGCGCGCCCUGGCAAUUAUCCAAGGAGGCCUUGCAAAAAGUUUCGGUAUCUUUAAUCAAAAUAGCGCUCAGCCAUAACUUCGAUAGCGCUUACCUCCAAAGACAGUUCCUCAAGUGUCUGGCUGAUAAUCAGUUCGAAAAGGGAUUUACAGUGCCAUCACCUAACUUCUCAACACUGUAUGAAAUACUCAAAAUAUCAAUGGAGACAUCGCUAGCAAUAAAUAUAUCAAAACUACUUCAAGAUGAUUCACAAACAUAUGUAGAAGAAUGCGUUCAAAUGUACACUGCUAAAAGGGACUAUGACGUAGCAUUGAAAAUCGCAAAGCUAUCUGGAGUGCCAGUGAAUGGUAUUUUGAUAGCAGAAUGGACUCACAAGUACGAAAAUCUUCUUUCACGGGAAGAAAUGUUAGAAGACAAGGGAAUUACUCUCUUUAUUGCUCAAUGCAGCGAAGCUUUCAAAAAGGCAACAGUUACUUUCAAGGACGCGACAGAAUUUCUUGUUGCCCACGUCAACAACAUCACAGAUACCGCUCAAAAAUUCUACUCGUACAGAAUCAUAAUGAGCUGGUUCGAAGAGAAUUUGGAAUACGGACGAAGAAGGGAAGAAAUCGAACACCUUAUGUGGGGCGCUUACUUCAAAAACGAGGCACCGAACGCAAUAUUCUUGAAUAGUUACCAGAGCACAAUGCAUUUUAUAAUGAACGGCCAGAAAGACCCGAAUAUUUCUAAGAAAAUCGGUCAGGCAAACGCAGAGAAACCAUUUACUAUGAUGCUGGAUGAGAUAGAGAUCGAGUCUGAUGUGAGUAAUAUAGAGAAUGUGGUGUUGUUGGAGGAUCCUGAAGCUAUAGAUAGCUGGAGAAGGGUUAUGAAUCAGUUGCUAGAGUUGAAGCUCUUGGUUGAUGCAUUUAGGCUGUCGGCCUUGUUCAAGAGUCCGCCUGAGUUCAGGUACAGGCCCCCAGCCUGUCCUGUACAGAUAGUAAGGACCUGUUUGAAGCUUGCAGAAGGUUCUUGCUCACCUUAUGAGCUGCCACAGGAGUUGAGGCUAGUAAUAUCUUCGCCUGUACUACAGAAUAAACUUUCAAUAUCAGGUAUAUCGGAUGCAAGUUUUGAGGAAUUGGUAGUGAUACAAGAGAAACAAGAGAACGUGCCAGAGAGUGCCCACCUGGCGGCGAGGGAGGAGGCGGACCGGCUGUCAGCGCUCGACGCCUUGGCUGUCAGGAGCGGGUUGACGCUGGCUAAGCAGGUUGCCAGCUACUUCCGCAUAGCUCUACAAAUAGGAUGGGACUACACUUCGGUUUUAAAAUAUCAGAACCACGCUAUAGAUUUUAUCAACUUAGUGAGUGGACGGGCGCGGAUGUCUCUUGCCAAUCUGGUCUUCAAAACUUUUAAUAUACCUACUAAACAGGUCGCAGAAUACCUUUGCAAGGAGAUAGUAGCGGCCAUAAUAUCGCCUCAUCUAGUAAAAACAUCGACAUUCAGACAGAAGGAACAUUUCCAAUACACUCUAUGGGGCUACGCGCUCAACGCGGACAUAGAAAUGUUCCUCAACAUGCGUCCAGACGCUUGCAGUCAAAUCGGAAAACUAAUCCUGGACCAUCUGAUCGCUUUCCAAAAAAUAUACAAAUGCUCUAAUAUAUCAGGAACGUCCAAACCUGAUAAUAUGUUAGAUGACAACGGACUCGACGUGGAAAAUCUUAUAGAUGAAGAAUAUCAGAAUGUUGAAGGCGAUGAAGCAGAGUCAGUGCUGACUGAAGAAGGAACUGUGCUAUCAGCCGACACUGAGUCAGUCUACUCAGUGUCUACUGUGUAUACUGUGUACUGUAACAAGAUGUCUAGAGACUGCCGAAGGAAUUUGUUCGAUGUGAUCACUAAGAAUAAUGUCCAUAUUCGCUAUGAGGUCAAGUCUAAUAUCAGGAAGAUUACUAAGGGGGCCAAGUUGUCUACUAAGCAGGUGAACAUAAUCUGCCUCGAGUUGUUAGUACUGGCACAUGAAUGUUUCGCGUGCGCAUGCGACACGGAGGGCGUGGCCACGACGCUGCGGUCUGCGCAGGCGCUGGCGGCGCGACUGCUCGCCUCGCGCUCCUGGAGGCUAAUGGUGCGCCUCCUCACUGGGCUGGCGCGGUAUACUGAGUGCGCUUACGUCUUUCAGGCGUUACGAGACAACCAUCAAUUCGAGUUCCUACUAGGUCAGUUUGACUAUAUGCUGGGACAACAAGUUGACAAGAUAGCUGAGUUCAAACAAGGUCUCCUCGACUUCUUGAAGACACACUGUCCAGGAGAUACGGACACUUAUAUCAUGGUCGCGUUACAUUUCAAUAUGUAUGCGGAAGCCGCUAAUGUUAAGAAAAAACAGGCUCUUAAUCUUAUUGAUGAUUUGGAGAAGAUGGCGCUCGAUUCUGCUAAGGCAACUUCAAAAAAGCCGUUUCAACCGCCAACAUGGUUGCAAAUCCACGAUACUGUCCCAACUAGAUCACUUCUUGACACGGCCUUGAACCACUGUACCGAUGCAGCCGAGUUAUACUUACAAGGAGGUUGUACUGGUUUCGCGGGAGAAAUGGCGGCGCUUGCGCAACAAAUAGCGCUGCAAAUAUCCUUACUAAACGCGUCGCCUACAAGACUCAUUUUGAACAGAAGUACUGAGCAAAUGUAUAAGCUUGUCAGCGAGUAUUUGAGUUUCAUGGAAGGUCUAGUUCUGUUAGCUGGUCGAGGAGGCGAGGCGUGGCGUGAGCUCGCGUACCGCCGUACCCUGACCAAUGACCAGGCGUAUUUGAGGGACAUGGCCAUGUACAGGCCUGAUGUCGCACACGACUUCUUAAAUAGAUAUAAAACGGAACGCAACAAGACGCCAGGCUCUCAAGCAGCGAUGACUGAGCUUCGUAAUCUGUGCAGAUGAUACAAACUUAAGUGAUAUACUUCGAGAGGUAGAUCUCACCUAAUUCAUAAUGCUCAUUUGUAAGUAGACGCUAAGAUUCAAAUAUUGUACCAAAUAUCAUUUAUUUUUAAUUAUUCUUAUUAUUAUAUUCUUAAUGGUGACUAUUAAGGGCUUGUUUGUAAAACUGCAUAAGCCUGUUUAAGUUGUUGAAUUGAUGGUGUAAAACAUUGUAAUGGAUUUUAUCUAUAACGGCAAGAGAUUCUGUCUUUAACUUCCAACUAGCAAUGUCAGUUUGACAUUGAUUAAUUACAUAUUUUUCAAACAGACUUAUAGUAAAAUUGACUUUGGAAAGAUAAAUUGACAUAUGUAUUUUUUCAGCUUCUGUGAUUUUCACUAAGCAAUGUGGUUGUCAUUUAAUAUUUCAAGUCUAAGUAAUACACAAUUUCUGAAAAGCUGAUUAACAGUAAUGAACUGAUAAAUUUCUUGGACAAUUAUUGUCACUGAGGUGCUAGGAGCGUGCUUUUACUUGGUUUCAUAUAUGGAGGCUUAUUGGCAUUUCCAGUUACCUAAUUGUAGUGACGAUAGAAAAUUGUAACAAUAUCUAUUUAUUUACGAAUCAAACAAUAAAGUCUGUAUGUUAUAAAAGUACAUGGACAAUCGAGGCCCGCACGGUAUUUUUUUCUGAAUAUGAAACCUGAAAGCUAGAUUGAUUUUUCCUUACUUAAACCCUUGUUCAAUUAUAUCGAAAUAAUAGAAGCCGUUUUCGAGAUUCUCUGAAUAUGCAUACAAGAGUUUUUCGUUCAAAGGUAUAAGACAAAUGUAGCACUUUUUUGUCAAGAAUUAAGGAGGCGUUGAUUAUUUCUUUUGCUUAUUUUGGUCUUAAUUGCUUAGUAUGUUGUGAAAAGAAGUUUAAGUCGUUUGAUUUUAUCACCAUGGCAACAGACCUAUUGUUAAUUGAUUAUUGUUUUGACCAGCCUUUCAGAAACUAGCUGGAAGUUCCGAAUAGUAACAAAGAAACACAGAUUGCUUCUUGAAUUUAGCGGAAAAUGCUUAUAAGCGUUAUUUUGAAUGUUAUUUUUGAUUUCAAAUUUUAUUAAAAAGAUGUAUUUUAAAUCGAUCGCUGUGAUAAUAUAUUUUGACUCGACUGAUGAAUUUAAGUGUAUUUUUGUAUCGUGUUUAAUAAUAUUAAUAUAAAAUAUUGAAAUGAGUUUGUUAUUAAUGAUGUAAUCAGUUUCGAAAUUAAUUUGUAAUCACUAUGCUAUUUAAAUCAAGCGAGAAGAUUCAAGCAUUUGUAUAAGCAAUUUUAGAUGCUUUAAGCUUUAACACAAAGAGCAGUAAGGUUUUUAUUCGCUUGAACGUUAAAUUGUAGAAAUACUAUUAUUACCAAUAAUAUAAAUUUUAAUAAUUUUGUAACGAACUUAUUUAUAAGACGAUAUUCUGGUCGAAGGAUGUUUAUAUAUAAAAAAGUGCGAUACUUAAAAUAGAUUUUAUUUAUAAAUUAAAACAAAACCCAACACAAGACAUUGGCUAAACUCUAUUACAUAGGUGACAGAGAUAAUAAAGCCCUAAUUUAGGGUACAAGUGAAAAGAACACUGGUUCUUCUAAUACUUGAUUACACGUCGCGUCAGUACCAAUUCGUAUAAACUAUGAAAAUACAAAGAAUAAAAUGUUUUAAGUAACAUAUCCGCGGUACUGAACGCUAAAACAACAUUAUAUACAAACAUACAGAAGUUUUUAUUAUAAAAUAUAUUCUACUAACAACUUGUCACAUAGUAUUUUGAGAUUGACUUAACUUUAAUAUAGAUAUAUAUUAUCAUAUUUAACGUAUCCAAAUAUUUUACUAUGUAAAAUUGAAAGCUGCACCAAGAAAAGGCAUUAUAGUGUUUUGUAUUAUCACGCAAUUUUGUUGAAAAUCUUCAUAGCUUAUGAUAGUUAAAUUUUUUAAGGUAUAUAGUAAAAAUACUUGUUGCCUUCGAAGAUAUUCUUUUUCUCAGCACAGCUCAAAUAAAAGAGUAUUUAAAAAAGUAAAAAUAAAACCGACAAUAAUACUCUCACGGACUGUGAACUACAGAAUACAAAUUGGAAUGUAAAAUUAUUCAAAGUUAAAUGCUUUAUUUACAUAAAAUAUCACCUAAAAGUGAAGUCAGAGUAUAUUUUUAUCAAGUCACAAUAAUUUUGUUCCCGAGGUUCAGGUUAAUUUACAAGAAAUAUUCAAAACAGACCUUAAUUGAAUUAAUGUAGGUCCCUAAGACAAUAUGAUUAUUAACGAGGCCUACUUACUUACGUUCGAAAUUGGAAUUGCAUUUCGAUAAACUUUUAAAAAGCAUAGACAAAACAGCAGAGUUGUGUAGAAAAUUAAAAACCUGCGACCUCUUUGAUCAAAGUUGACAGGAUUUAUAUGUAUUAUUAUAAAUCUCUUAGUUUUUUCACAAGUCUAUAAUUAAAUGAAGUAUUAUUUAAUUGAUUAAGUAUACAACAGUUUGAUCGCUUGGUAGCGAAGGGAAAAUUUAUUGAAAUAUUCCUAAGGCGUCUUAAGUUUACAAAAAUACAUCUUUAAAAAUAUUUUUACAGAUAGAGUUUUUGUAAGCAAUGACAAUAAUUUAUUCUUAAAUGUACUUACAUUAAUGUUACUAUUAUGCAAUGUAGAUAAUUUAUUACAUAAUUGACUUCGGUAACGUUUUAAGCUACUUCUACUGUCUAGUUAUUGUACUUAGUGGUAGCUGUGCAAGUCUUUUGCCCAAAAACUCAAACACCACUCAACUUAAUGACGUAGAUUGUAGAUAGAUGGGCAAUUACAGUAUACCUACCCACUCAACCGGUAGUUCAUGUUACAACUUUAGUAUUAUUGUGGAAGCCAUUACCAAAAUUUGAAUAAUAAAUUCAAGACUCUGUCUUUUUUAAAUUGAUAGAUACAAUUGACGAUGUUGUGUGGCGUUUCAGUAUUUGGGCGUCAAAAUAAACAAAUUUAAAACAGCAACGAAUGAAAUAAGAAUUUCAAAACUGACCUACAGUGAAGUGAAGUUUAGUAAUAUUCAUCUCAUAACGCAUAGAUGGCGUGGCGUACGUUAAUGGGGUUAAUACAACAUGUAAUUAUAUAGGUACAUACCUCUUUAUAGAUGUCAAU